AUGCCUGCUCUCGAAGGCAUGCUAGAAGCCGCCAACGCGCCGCAACACAAAGAUGGCGAAAUUGCCUUCCCCCCCGUCACCCGGGACCACAUCCUCCACUGCUCCUACGACUACUGGUUUCCCAAGUACCGCACCUCGUGCAUCCGCUCGCGCGUGAUUCCGCUCAGUCGCGACUUCGUCUCCUACAUCCGCGAAGACGGCAUCAUCCUCGCCGACGACGAGCCCGGCAACGAGAACGAUUCCGAUGACGACGACUGGGAGCCGACCGUCCCCUCCUCUGAGAUCCCCGCACCCCCGCGCAACCCCGGCGACGCCGACAACGACUCCGACUCAGACGAUGAGGACUCAACCCCCGCCAAGCUGCCUCCCAACAAGCGCUUCCCCGACCUUCACAACGCCAUCAACGCAGCCAUCAAGGCCCUCGGCGGCGCCGUCGCUCCCAAGCUCAACUGGUCGAGCCCCAAGGACGCGACCUGGAUUUCGCGCCACCCCAACACGGUGAAGUGCACUUCAGCCAACGACAUCUACAUCCUCUUGAAGUCCUCGUCCUUCAUCAGCCACGAUCUCGACCACGCUUUUGACGAUUGUGUUGGCGUCCCCUCCGUCUCCUCCUCGACAACAUCGCAACAACAGCAACCAUUCCAACCCGUCCUCGCCCUCCGCUCCUUCUUCUCCCCGCUCCCCUCUCUCGAAUUCCGCUGCUUCGUCAAAGACCGCCAUCUAAUCGCCAUCACCCAGCGCGACCUCAACUACUACGCCUUUCUGCGCAACUUGCGGCCUGCCAUCAUCGCGCGCUGUCGCGAGCUGUUCAACACCAAGCUCAAGUCCACCUUUCCCGAUUCGUCCUUUUGCUUCGACGUUUACAUCCCCGAGGCGGCGUACCGGUCGGACUCCGAAGACAGCGAUGAGGACGAGACGUCAGAGGUGAGAAGUAGACUGGCCAGAGCAAGGCUGAUCGAUAUUAACCCCUGGGCGCCGAGGACGGAUACGAUUCUGUUUGGGUGGGAGGAGUUGUUGGAGGCAGAGAGAAAAGAGGAGAAGACCGUCAGGCUACGGUUCUCCACAACAGGGGCGGCUGCUGCUGGGGGAGAUGAUAACCUUACGGAGCCAGAAGAGGACGACUUGGAUGAUGAUCUUGAUGACGAGACGACGGAGGAUGAUGACGAGCAGGAAGACGAGGAAGACGAGGUUGAGCUGAGACUGGUGGAGCAGGAUGAUCCGGCUGCGUACAACUUCAGCUCGCCGCAGUACUCGGCACAUAAGAUGCCGAAGGAUGUGGUGGAUGCUAGUAUGGCGGGUGAAGGGGGCAUGCGGGAGUUUGCUAGGGAGUGGCAGAGGUUACAGGAGCAGAGGGGCGGUGGUUCUAGCAGCUAA